AUGCGGUCUACAUCAACAAUUCUCAUUAUCGCUCUCCUCGCACUCUCGCUCUUGCAAUCAGCGUUGGCAACGGUGAUCGAAGAUCCGCUGCUGGCGCAAGCAAACAGUUUUGGUUGGCUUGCGAUUCGCAACUUUACCUACUGCCUCUCGACCUCGCCCGAUCCGCCCAACAAGCCCCGAGGCAUCCAGCCCAAGCGCGACAUGUACACACCGGUAGACCGAGCAUCGAGUGGCAUGGGCGACAGCGUCGUUGUGCUGUACCAUCCCGAGGAGACGAGUCGGCCGAUUGCAUGGUGCAAUACUCUCGUGGCAUUUCAGAGCAUGCCACAUGUCAGGUGCCAUGGUGCUCUGCCGACGUGUCAGCGGUGCGAUGCGGUGCGUAGCCCGACCGACCGGGGUGCUAGCUGGGGACAGGAGGUCAGAGACGGUGCGAGCAGGGCGCCGAGUGGCAAGCUAGGACAGUCGACACGAGUGAAGUCGAACUCGUACGACAGUCCAACGUUACAGCGCAGAACCGACGAUGCUCUCCAGGCUCUGCCGGGACAGUCCUACUCAGGGCCACGGCUGACACCUCGACCCUUCGGCAGCACCGUCGUUCACAACGACCUCGCCUCGGACGCAGAACUCGAAGCCGCCAUCUCGGAAUUCCAAGACUUUUGCGAGAACAAGCUCACCCUCGCCGUCCGCGCCGACUGUCCUCUUCACGUCGUCAGGAGCUGGUACGACGAGCCACCGUUUGACUUGCAUCGCUUCUGCAUGGCGCUGACGGUGCCGCAAGGGUACAGUUCGCAAAUGAUAGGUGGUCGACUCAACCAUGCCGCAGAGGGUGAUACAUUAGACGGCACAGGAACAGACACAGGGAGACUGGACGGGAGUGAUGAUCCUCGCAAUGCAGGUGAGGCUGAAGAUGUUGCGGGUGGGACUGGUGCCAACAGCGCAUACGAUACAGGUGCUGACGAUAAGGAGGAGACGACCACGUCAACAGCUGCGCGGUCGCAGCCGCUAUGGAAGAAGGACGGAGGCUUGCAGUGA